CACACAUGUACACACACCAGCUACCAGCAGCAGCUGGUGCUAAUAUAUAGCUACUCCACUAGUUUACUCCAUAGCUCGAUCGAUCUCUCGUAGCUUGUAACCCCCCCAAUUAAGCUGCAGUGACGCAAACAGUUGGUUUGUCCGGCGUCGACUCCGGCCAUUGCUCCUCAUCGAUCACUGAUAUAUCGAUCUCUGAAGCAAAAAAAUCACUGCCAAAAACAAACAAACCCUUGUGGUCAGAGAGAGAGAGAGAGAGAUGGUGAUGUCUAGUACUAGUAAUACCUAAAGCUCACUCUCUCAGUACUCAUCUUUCAGCUUCCUGUGCUGCUUAGCUCCUUUCCUUUCCCCUUUCCUCUCCAACCUUUUCUUUCCCCUCUCCUUAAGCUUCGAUGCACACAUCACCAUCUUGAUCGAUCUCAUCAUCACCUGAUCACUAGCUAGUAGUGCUAGUAGCUAUAGUUCUCAUGUGAAGAGAGGAAGAACAGAGGAGGAGAUCGAGAGGAAGAAGAAGAAGAAGAAGAAGAAGAAGAAGAAGAAGAAGAAGAAGAAGAAGAUAGUGGCUGUGGCUGCAAGCCUGCAACAGUAGUACUAGAACUAUAGAUCUCACUCCCAGUAGGAAGCUAUAGUACACAAAGUGAGUGCAAAGUAGUGAUACACAAAAUGUUGCCUUACUUUCCUAACCUUCACCAUUUCUGCAUCUCCCAAGAAGCCCAGCCGCCACCGCCUCCAAACCCUACGACCACCAUGCAGCAGCAGCUGGAUCAGCAGCAGCAGCAGCAGCAGCAUCAGUACGACCACUUCUUCUCCGGCCACGGCCAGUUCAACUCCGAGACGCUGGAGGCCGUGCUCUGCAGGCCGCCGCGCGGCGCCGCCGCGGAUCCUGCUGUUCCGGCGGCGGCGGCGGCGGCGGCUGUUCUGACGGCGGCAAGAAACGGUGGCGGCGGCCAUGGCAGGGCGAGGAAGCGGCCGUUCAGGACGGACCGGCACAGCAAGAUCCGGACGGCGCAGGGGGUGCGCGACCGCCGGAUGCGGCUGUCGCUCGACGUCGCGCGCGACUUCUUCGCGCUGCAGGACCGCCUCGGCUUCGACAAGGCCAGCAAGACGGUGGACUGGCUGCUCACCCAGUCCAAGCCGGCCAUCGACCGCCUCGCCGCCGACCCCUCCUCCUCCUCCCACCGCGCCGCCGGCGACACCCGCAUGUCGUCGGCCGAGCGCGGCGGCGAUCACCACAUGGUCGCGGUCGGCGCCGCCGGAUCAGGGAAAGGAGACGCGGACAAGGCGAGGGGCCCCAGAGGUGGUAGAUCGGCGCCCAUGGAGCUCGGCUGCGAGCUCGGCCGCCUCGUGCCGGCGCCGGUGCUCGGCGAGUACUACUACGAGCUCGCCGAGAUGAUGAGCAACAACACCGGAGGAGAAGGAGACGACGACGGCGACUACGACGACGACGGCGAUUUCUUGGACGGUAUGCAAUAUUAGCUUCAGCUAGCUUAGCUUGCUUGCUUGCAUGGUUUCUCCUCUAGCUAGUAGCAGCUUAAUUAGCUAGCUUAUAAGCAGCUUGAUUGAUUGAUUAGGUCUUGAUCUGCUACUCUGCCCAGCAUUUCAGCGCUUCUAGUUGUUAAUUAAUUUGCAUGUGUACUUAGUACUAUGUCGACUAAUCUUAUGGUUUCAUGCAGCUCUUUAAUUUUAAUUUCUCGCUUUUGCUUAUCUGUCUAAGCUUUGUAAGAUUUGGCUUGAUUUGUUUGUUUGGUGUUUUCAAUUUAGGAGAGAUUAGUAAGCUUAA